AUGUUCAAAUCUAGCCUCUUUGAGAUACCAGAGUUCAUCGAUGAAGAACCAAUUUCACAUGCAGUGCCUCCGAUAGUAGCUGGAUCUACAUUGGGGAUGGAUGUUGGUGUAGUUAUCUCUUGCGUCAAUUUCUCCAUCGGUCAUUGGUUACGAGUUACCACCGAGCUUACAAAGUUAGCUAGGGGUUGCGUCUUAGGUCGGCCGCGUCCUCUACCUCUCCCUUUCGCCAUGGCUGACACAGGCGUCGUUCUUGAAAUCUUGGAGUUAUAUAGACAUAUAUAUGAAGAAUUCUUAGCUGUUCCAGUGAGUAAGGGAAAGAAAAGCGAGCUUGAGAAGUUUGCUGGUGGACUCUAUACGACUACAGUAGAGGCUUUUAUCCCUAAUACUGGCCGUGGUAUCCAAGGUGCGACUUCACACUGUUUGGGCCAGAAUUUUGCAAAAAUGUUUGAGAUAAAUUUUGAAAAUGAGAAGGGAGAGAAGGCUAUGGUCUGGCAGAAUUGCUGGGGCUUUACAACCAGAACGAUUGGUGUGAUGAUCAUGGUUCAUGGAGAUGAUAAAGGCCUGGUCUUACCUCCUAAAGUUGCAGCAACACAAGUAAUUCUUAUUCCCGUGACAUACAAGGAUGCUAAUACUCAAGGGAUCUUUGACGCCUGUGCUGCCACUGUCAAAAACUUGAAGGAAUCAGGUAUUCGUGCUGAGGCAGAUUACAGAGACAACUACUCACCUGGCUGGAAAUAUUCUCACUGGGAAAUGAAGGGGGUUCCUCUUAGGAUUGAAAUAGGACCAAAAGAUCUUGCAAAUAAUCAGGUACGAGCUGUUCGACGUGACAAUGGAGCCAAAACUGAUAUUCCUGUGGCAAAUUUAGUCGAAGAAGUAAACAAUGUGCUUGCCUCUAUCCAACAAAAUCUAUUUGAUGUCGCAAAACAAAAGCGGGAUGCUUGUGUUCAGGUUGUAAAGACCUGGGAUGAAUUUGCUGAAGCAAUAAGCCAAAAGAAAUUGAUCUUGGCUCCUUGGUGUGAUGAGGAGGAUGUCGAGAAAGACGUGAAGGCACGGACAAAAGGGGAGAUGGGUGCAGCGAAGACUCUCUGUUCACCAUUUGACCAGCCUGAGCUGCCUGAAGGUACAUUGUGCUUUGCCUCGGGUAAACCUGCUAAGAAAUGGACAUACUGGGGCCGCAGCUAUUGAUGAUUCAUAUUGAUCUCUAUUCCAUUUUUCUGAGUUCGGGCGAUUUAGAAAUUGUAUUCCGAAUUGCUAAUUGCAACCAUUAGUUUCUUUCUUAACAUGUUUGGUGCUGGAUAAUUCACUGUCUUUUGUUUCCCCCUUUUCCCGAUCUUAUAUUGAAUUUUAUAGUUCACACUUCACAA